CAUAAAGAAGCUUCAUCGUCAAUCUCAUUUCACGGCGAAUUUGCUGUCACGAGCCCGAAAGCUAUGUCCGCCAAUGUAAUCACAAAUGCGCAAUUUUUAAAGGUAAAAUUGGAGAAACUUCUUGAUGAAAUGGGAAGAAUAGAUCUAACUCUAUUCGAUCAAAAACUAACAAGAGAAUAUAAUACAAAGCCAGGACAAGAAUUAUCAAAGAGAAGGUGA